AUGUCGUUCCUCCGCAGCAGCAUUACACCUUCGCUCCGCGCUUCUCUGCGCACUGCCUCGAUUCAGCGUGUGGCUAUGCGCUCGAUCGCCUCUACGCCCCUGCGCUUCUCUGAGCACCACGCCCCUAUCAUCCAGGGUGAGGGUACGAAGCCUGGUACCAUGGGUACCGACGAGAGCCAGAGCACUGGUCUGGAGCGUUUCGAACUGAUGGGUCGUCUCCAGGGUGUUGAUGUGUUCGACAUGUCGCCACUGGAUGCCUCGCGUCCUGGCACCAUGAAGAACCCCAUCAAGGUUCAGAGCAUGGCCAAGGAACAGAUCGUUGGUAGCACGGGUUUCCCUGCCGAGUCGCACGAAACUGUUUGGCUGAAGCUGACCGUUGAUCAGCCCAUUGCGCGCUGCCCCAUGAGUGGUAACGUGUACCAGCUCGAGUACAUUGGCCCUCAGGAUGACCACCACCACUAA